UUUGUUGGUUUUUAGGAGUUAUUUAUAGUGACUCACCUCUCACUUUGUUGAAGCCAAUAAUCCCUCAACCAUAGAGAAGCUUACUUCCAUCAGCAACUCACCCAUUCCUCCUCCAUAUCUGCAUUGAGUUUUCUUGCUACAUUUUGUUAAACUUCCUAUUCAUUUUCUUCUAUUGACUCAUGUAAACUGGUUAUUGCUCUGCUCAAAUAACUAAUUUUCCUGCCUAAUUUUUCUUCAAGGGUUCUAAUUCUAGGUAAUGUAAGAGUGAAAAGCUACUUUCUUUGGUACCCCUUUGGUUAAUUCAUUGUCAAAAUCAUUCCUUUUCAAGUUCUUGAUAAUGGGUUCUCGUUAAAUCUUGCUUUCUUCAUAUACCCAUUUGGUUAAACUUACUUUAAACCACUAAAAAUCACUUUUUUCUAUAAAUGGGGUCUCGCUAAAUUCGUGAUUCUUGGUAUUUUUGUCACCAAAUAGCUUUAUCAGAUAGUAUUAAAUUUCUGACAUGUAACUGAAAAUUAGAUCCCUGUUUGCCCUUUGUUCUUGUUGAAGUGCAUUUUGGUGGCAACUUGUAUUCUCUUUAUAUACAUGUAAUGGAUCUAGAGCUUUUCGGAGUCAACCGUUAAUUCGAGAUCUUUGUAGAUGGAGUACUUCAUUUCCUUUCGUUAAGUUUUGCUUUUUUUAAUUAGUUAUGGCUUUACUCCGUUAAAUUUAUAUUGCUUGUGGUCCUAUGGAAUUCAAAUAGGCUUGUUUGACAUAUCUCUAGACAUAUAUAGUAUUCAUUGCUAACUGAUUCUUUUGUUCUAUACUAACUUGUAUUCUUUGUAAAUCUGUUAAUAUGUAGAGUUAGAUAUAUAUAACAUCUUAUUUUAUGGACCUUAAUGAAGGUCAGUAUACAGUUAAAUUAAAUGAAUCAGCCAAUAAUCUGUUUUAUCCUAAACACUCUAGUCAUGAUCAAGUAAGUGUUGUUGUCUUCCUGCCCAAAGUUUUUUUUCCUUUGCCUAUGCAAGUCUAGUUGAGUUUGAUAUUGGCCUCUCGAGUCCCUUCGAUCCUGUGUUAGUUUGUUGUCCUUUGAGUUUUCUUAUCUGUCAAAACGAAACAAAAAAAGAACAAAAUUUCCACCCUUCAUUUCGAACAAAUUUUGAGUGAUCAUGGAAGAAACAUUUGUUCCUCUACGUGGAAUCAAGAAUGAUCUCAAGGGGAGAUUGUUAUGCUACAAGCAAGACUGGACUGGUGGUCUCCGUGCUGGUAUCAGGAUCCUGGCUCCAACGACCUACAUUUUCUUUGCAUCAGCAAUUCCCGUUAUUUCAUUCGGGGAGCAACUGGAAAGAAGCACCGAUGGAAGUAUAACUGCAGUGCAGACUCUUGCUUCAACAGCACUUUGUGGUGUAAUCCAUUCCAUUCUUGGUGGACAGCCACUCCUUAUACUAGGAGUAGCUGAGCCAACUGUCUUGAUGUACACUUUCAUGUUCAACUUUGCGAAAGAUCGGAAGGACUUGGGUCCGAAUCUCUUUCUAGCCUGGACAGGAUGGGUUUGUGUUUGGACCGCCUUUCUGCUUUUCUUGCUAGCCGUUCUGGGGGCGUGCUCCAUAAUAAACAGAUUUACACGUCUGGCUGGUGAAUUAUUUGGCAUGCUCAUAGCAAUGCUCUUUAUGCAAGAGGCUAUUAAGGGUUUGGUGGAGGAGUUUGGCAUACCUCAGAGAGAAAAUCCUCGUCAGGCUGCAUUAUCACCUUCUUGGCGCUUUGGAAAUGGAAUGUUUGCACUAGUUUUAUCUUUCGGGCUUAUUCUUACCGCACUGAGGAGCCGUAAAGCUAGAUCCUGGCGCUAUGGAACAGGCUGGUUUCGAGGAUUUAUUGCUGACUAUGGUGUCCCACUAAUGGUGCUUGUUUGGACGGCUGUUUCUUACAUACCAGCACGUGAUGUUCCACAAGGGAUACCACGGAGGCUUUUCAGCCCCAAUCCAUGGUCACCUGGAGCUUACUCAAAUUGGACAGUUAUCAAGGAAAUGAUGCAUGUUCCUCCUCUAUAUAUUGUCGGAGCGUUUAUCCCAGCCACAAUGAUUGCUGUCCUUUACUAUUUCGAUCACAGUGUUGCAUCUCAACUUUCCCAACAGAAAGAGUUCAAUCUAAAGAAACCUUCCUCGUAUCAUUACGACCUCCUUCUUUUGGGCUUCUUGGUCAUAAUAUGUGGUCUUCUUGGCAUUCCUCCUUCAAAUGGAGUCAUUCCACAAUCUCCAAUGCACACAAAAAGCUUGGCCACUCUGAAACAUCAGCUUUUACGGAAUAAACUUGCCUCAACAGCGAGAAAAAACAUUGAUAAAAAUGCAAAUCUUGGCCAAUUAUAUAGGAGCAUGCAGGAGGCUUACAAUGAGAUGCAGACUCCCCUUGUGUAUCAAACUCCUUCUGGCCUGGGGUUGAAAGAGCUAAAAGAGACCACAGUUCAACGGGCAUCGAGUACCGGGUACAUAGACGCACCAGUCGAUGAGACAGUCUUUGAUGUGGAUAAGGAUAUUGAUGAGCUCUUACCAGUAGAAGUCAAAGAACAGCGUCUAAGUAAUCUCCUUCAGGCGUUAAUGGUUGGUGCUUGUGUGGCUGCUAUGCCUAUCUUGAAAAGGAUUCCUUCUUCUGUUCUCUGGGGAUACUUCGCUUUUAUGGCAAUAGAGAGCUUGCCAGGAAAUCAGUUUUGGGAGAGGAUAUUAUUGCUUUUCACUGCACCAAGUAGAAGAUACAAGGUCUUGGAAGAUAAUCAUGCAACAUUUGUCGAGACGGUACCUUUCAAGACAAUUGCCUGGUUCACCUUGUUUCAGACAGUUUAUUUGCUCCUAUGUUUCGGCAUCACAUGGAUACCAAUAGCUGGUGUUCUUUUCCCUUUGUUGAUCAUGCUUCUAGUCCCAGUACGCCAGUAUUUGCUUCCCAAGUUUUUCAAAGGAGCACAUUUACAAGAUCUAGACGCUGCAGAAUAUGAAGAAGCCCCUGCAAUAGCAUACAACAUGUCCUAUGGAGAUCAAGAUCCUCAGGGAAGACCAGCCUGCAUUGAUAGUGGUGAGCUUCUUGAUGAUAUGAUCACAAGAAGCCGUGGGGAGAUUCGGCGUUCAUGCAGCCCAAGAGUAACUAGUUCAACUCCUACCUCACUUGAUGAAAUCAAGUCAAUACACAGCCCACAGUUAUCUCAAAGGGCUUAUAGUCCAAGAAUCAAUGUACUAAGAGGAGAAAGAAGCCCCAGAUUCAAUGGCAAGGGACUUGAAAUAAAACAAACUCCAAGCCCUCAGCCAUCUAAACUCGGUCAAAAUGAUCGCGGUCCAUCUUCCACCUAGUAUUAACAAAUAUUGUUGUGAAAUUAGAGUCUCUAGUUGUUCUCGAGAGGUCUUGUCUAAGUCUUAAGUAUGUGAUUAAUCUUUUCCUUGGCAUCUGUGUUUCCUUGUUUGUGUGUCUUUACUGGUCUUUAACAGUGUAUCCUGUUUUAUUGUGUUGUGUUCUUGUAUGCAAAUCAAAAUACUCUGGGCAGAGGUUAGACAAACCAUUAUAUCAAUGAAUAAAAGAGUGAUAAUUUUCUUAA